GUCCUGGUUGUGUUGAGUUGUUGCGCGUGGAUGGCGCGUCUCUUUGGGAAAUAACGUGUGUUUUGACACAGGGAAUCGUUAUAUUGUAUGGUGUUUCGCGCACAGUGCGAUUUUCUUCUCGUGUAUGUCUAGAGCAUCACAGGGAUCCCACCUGGCUUUGUUAAGCCUACAUGCCUGUGAAAUGACCGUAUCUCCUGCUUGCCCUCCCGUGGAGUGAGCAGUUGUCCUUGACAGUGAAACGGAGAUAAAGAGACCUAUUCUCCUCCUAUGGAUUACAGACCUAUGGGUCUGAACACACUGACGUGGGUCAGUCAUUAUUCACUCUCUUUCUCCGGCACACUUUCCCGCUAUUCCUUAAAAUGCCCGAGCUGGAAUUUCUGGUUAGGGUGAUUCAGCUUUAGAAAUGAAUUUCCCAAACUUUAGGGCAAGAGAGAUAGCUGACGAGGCCACAGAAGCUUGAGAAUCCAAGCGCCUCACUUGAAGGAUGCAGACCGAUGAUCUUUUUGCCAAAAAGCUUCAAGCCCUGAAUGGGAAUAUGGGACCUCCCAGCACAAACACACAAGGAACACCAGCCAUGCCCAAAAUGGGCGUCCGAGCAAGAGUGUCAGAUUGGCCGCAGAGGAAGGAUGGCAACCAUGGUCCACCACCAAGGUACGACAGCUUGAUGACGACCUUCCAGAAUGGACUACCAAGUCAAUCGUCAGAAGAUGUUGUCAAACAGAGCCCAGGUUCUCCUCCAAACCCCAGCUUUCUGGAGGCAAAAUAUGGGUUUGUUGACAUUCUGAGCCAUUCACCUGGUAAAGUGCACCACCCUCUCCAGAAGAGGAGCAAUAGUGAUGUCACAAUCAGUGAUAUAGGGGCGGAGGACAUGGACCAGACAGCGGUCAACCCCAAUACUGGUGCCUCUCUGCACCGAGAGUAUGGAAGCACAUCGUCCAUUAACCGCCAGGGUUUGACCGAUGAAGGGUUUUUCUCCAAUCUGAAGGGAAUACAGCCAGAACUCUCAGAGCAACCUAGUGCGCCACCUCCACACGGCUUUCAGGAGUUCCGGCAAUAUAAGACCACCCUCUCUCCCAGCCUCCAGACGGCAGCGCAGAUAGCAAGUGGGGACAUUCUCUGCAUUCCGAACUAUGCGGACUAUGUGGACAGUUCACUCUUUUACAGUCGGGAAAAGGAGAAGUCACUCAUGCAGCGGCAAAAAUCCGAAAAGUGUGAGACGUCCAUUUUCCGCAGGCUGAAGACCAUGAAGAGUGAGCAGCGGCAACUGACCGAACAUGAUGAUUGCAGUAGACACGGUCGUCAGUUGAGUUUCCAGAGAUGUUUCGCCCACUAUGAUGUCCAGAGUGUGCUCUUUAAUAUUAGUGAGGCUGUUACAAAUCGUGCCAACCUGGCUUGUGGGAAGAAUAUAACAACAGGAGCUUCAGCAGCAUCCCAACUCCAGGUUGUUGGUGGUGUGUUAGACAGUCUUGAGCCAUUGUCUUUGUGCGAGUCCCCUUUGGACACUUGUGAGGAACUUGGGCAAAAAGCUUGCACCGAUCUUGACGAAGGGGAUGGGAAGAGCAAUGGAUUGGUGCUCAGCUGCCCAUAUUUCCGGAAUGAGAUCGGUGGGGAAGGUGAAAGGAAACUGGGUGCCUACAAACCGAACAGUAUUCCCUACAACAAUGUAGGCGAAACUUACUCCAUUGAGUCCACUCUGAGUUCUCACUGCACGAAUGCGGGGGUUUCUGUCUUGGAAUUGCAUCGUGAGAAUUACGCCUCUCGUGAAAACUAUGCUGUUCCACGAGAUUGCCUCAAACGCUACAUCAUUGAGCACAUUGACAUGGGCGCAUACUACUAUCACAAAUUCUUCUUCAAUAAAGAGCACCAGAACUACUUUGGUGUUGAUGAGAACUUGGGUCCAGUGGCAGUUAGUAUCCGGAGAGAGAAGCUGGAGGAGGCGAAGGAGGGAGCACAGUUUAAUUAUAGAGUCAUCUUCAGGACUAGCAAGCUCACCACGUUAAGAGGCUCAAUCCUGGAGGACGCCGUCCCCUCCACGGCGAAGCACGGGACAUCCCGUGGCCUCCCUCUUAAAGAGGUGUUGGAGUAUGUAGUUCCGGAGCUCAACAUUCAGUGCCUCAGGCUGGCUACCAGCUCGCCCAAAGUCCCAGAACAGCUGCUGAAACUAGAUCAGCAGGGGCUGAGCUACCAGCACAAAGUAGGCAUCCUGUACUGCCAGGCGGGCCAGAGCACAGAGGAGGAGAUGUACAAUAAUGAGAGUGGUAGUCCCGCACUGGAUGAAUUUCUGGAUCUGCUGGGUCAGAGAGUUCGACUGAAGGGCUUCAGCAAAUUCAGGGCACAGCUGGACAACAAAACGGACUCCACUGGUACUCACUCGCUAUACACCACCUAUAAAGACUUUGAACUGAUGUUUCACGUCUCUACAAUGCUGCCCUAUACGCCCAACAACAGACAGCAACUACUGAGGAAGAGGCACAUUGGGAACGACAUCGUCACCAUCAUUUUCCAAGAACCAGGAGCUUUUCCAUUUACACCUCAAAACAUACGCUCUCAUUUUCAGCACGUCUUCAUCAUCGUCAAAGUCCACAACCCCUGCACAGAGCAAGUGUGUUACAGUGUUGCAGUUGCCAGAUCCAAAGAUGUGCCUGCGUUUGGUCCUCUUAUACCAAAGGGAGUGAUGUUCCCUAAGUCUGCCGUGUUCCGAGACUUCCUGUUGGCCAAAGUGAUCAACGGCGAAAACGCGGCUCACAAGUCUGAGAAGUUCCGGGCCAUGGCGACUCGUACCCGCCAGGAAUACCUCAAAGACCUGGCAGAGAACUUGGCCAGUGCCACGCCUGUGGACCCCACGGGGGCAAAGUUCAGCUUCAUCACUCUAGGCGCCAAGAGGAAAGAACGUAGCCGGCCACGGAUCAACGCUCAUCUGCAUAGUACGGGGGCCAUCACGUGGUCGGUGGUCGCCCAGGACAGCUGCCAGUCUACUGAUAUUGGUUGUUUGCUGGCUGUCUCCCGAGAGUUUGUGGCACUCAUUGAGGAGGCUUCCAAGGAAGUGGUUUUCAACUGUUACUGCAGGGAUGUGAUUGGUUGGAGCUGUUCCUCCAUGGUGGGAAGGGUGAAGCUUUUUUACGAGCGCGGUGACUGCGUGGUGUUCUCCGUGCAGGAUGGAUGCCCAGAGGAAGUGCGAGAGAUCACACAGCGAUUAGAGAUGGUCACCAGGGGCUGUGAGACUUUAGAGAUGACCCUGCGCAGAAACGGCCUCGGACAGCUAGGCUUCCAUGUCAACUUUGAAGGUGUGGUAGCCGACGUGGAGCCAUUUGGGUUUGCCUGGCAGGCUGGACUUCGGCCUGGCUGCCGUCUGGUAGAGAUCUGCAAAGUCGCUGUUGGAACACUGACUCAUGAACAAAUGAUUGACCUGCUGCGGACCUCCACACCUGUCACAGUGGUGGUCAUUAAACCACAUGAGGACGGCACCCCCAGGAGAGGUGCCUCAGAGCUGUACCGUGUCCCCAUCAUGGAGUACAAGGCGCUUGGUACUGGGCCUGGUUGGCAUCGGAUGACUCAUGUUCCCCAGGCGCUGCCGCUCUCUCGUGUUUCACCCACUCAGGCUCCAGAUCGACCCUCUCCAGGCCAACAGAUGUUUCAGUACGCACAGGCUGCCAUCUCGCGCAGCACCUCUUUCGAUAAGAAGUACCAGGAUGGCUCGAGGGUCUUGCAGGAUUUUGAGAUGGUUCAAAGUCCACCUGGAAAUCCCAGCCAGCACUACUGCAGUUCUCCUAGUAACCAAUCAACCUCCAGUGACCCCGGUCCUUGCGGCACAUGGGCCCAGAAAGCCAGUUACGACGGAUCCCAGUCACCUGCCCUUCACGAUCAGCCAGAGGAGAAGGAGGUGGAUGGGCACAGAGACCGAGAGCACAAGCUGGAGAGAACGCGGUCUGCUGGGUCACCUUGUGUUCCAGAGGCCAAGUGGCAUAUCCCGUCCACCAAGAUCCUGAACAGAGGCUUACAGAGACAGGGGGCAAAAGACUUGCCUGGUAAAUUCCCCCGAAGCAGUGAGAAGAGCUGCCACAGUCAUUGCUCCAGCCACUCCAGUAACAACACCCUCUCCAGCAACACUUCAAGUGGCAGCGACGAGAAGCAUUUUGGAUCUGGAGACCCGAUGGAUCCGGAGUCACUGGGCCUCACCUACAUAAAGGGAGCGUCCACAGACAGUGGCAUAGAUACAGCACCCUGCAUGCCCCCUCCACCCCCUUCUCUGCCUCUGCCUGGGGUGGGACCAUCGCGGAUGGUCAUGAGUGACGGGAGGGUUGAGGCGGGACUACCCUGGGUUCUGGAGUACCACGAUGAGGGCAAGGCGGAAGAGGGGAGGGUAAAGAUGUUCCUGUCUCAGGGGUACGCUCCUGCUACAGCCACCGGACUCACCACUGACGGCAGCACUGGAGAUCUGAGCGAGAUCUCGUCCCUUUCCAGUGGUUCUCGACAUUCUGGAAGCCCAUCUGAACGCUGUUCAAAGAACUCCGGCUCCAUGGACCCCUCAAAAAUCUACAUUAUCUCUCCUACGGACACAAAUUUUGGGGGAGGACGGGAAAAGUGCCCACAUAGCUGUCAAUCACAAGGCGGCAUGUAUUUGGCUGGCUGGAAGAAAGGAGAGAACGAGCACUCACUGGAGGAGCAGCAGCAGGCCAGUGAUUUUAGGCGGCAGUAUUUGACAGACCCGUCUCAUGUGGUUAAUGCUGGUGAGAAGGUCCAGACGCUCUCUAAGGAGGACUUCCUUAGGAUGCUCCUCCCCGACAGUCCCCCGGGGCAGACAAGUCGCUGCAAGAUACCAAUUGCCGGUCAGUCUCCACGUCGCUCACUGUACCGGACUCUGUCCGAUGAGAGCCUGUGCAGCAGCCACCGAAGGGCGCUGUCUUUGGCCAGCUCCCACAGCUCCAUGCUGGACCAGGCCGUGCCCAACGACAUCCUGUUCAGCAGUGCCCUGCCCUACCACAGCACCCUACCACCUCGCAUGAGACUUAACCACACCGCUGGUCAGCUGAAAAAUGAGCUCUGGUUCUCUGACGGCUCGCUGGCAGAGAAGGCCAAGCUGGCGGACACUGGUCUCAUGCCCCUGCCGCACCCCUACUCUGGUCUCGACUGGUCACGUCUUGUGGACGCCGCACGGGCUUUUGAAGAUCAGACCAUGGCCUCUCUGAGCUCUCUGACCGAAGAAGAGCAGAACAAACAGGUUCUGGAGCUCUCCAAGGAGCUGAACAGAAGAGUGAGAAGUGUGCAGGGCUCAACCCUAGAGGCAGGAGAAGGUUUUCCUUCGCUUCUCACUGGGAAGGUUAACCAGCUCGAGCUCAUUCUCAGACAGCUCCAGUAUGACCUAAGGAAGGAGCAAGAAGACAAGGCUAUGCUCCAGGAACAAGUUCAGCAUCUCCGACAAGACAACCUUCGACUGCACGAAGAAAGCCAGACGGCAGCAGCUCAGCUGAGAAGAUUUACUGAAUUGUUCCUCAACACAAUGGACCAGAAACCUUGAGUCGGAAGUAGUCUGUAACUUCCCCUCUCUUGCUUAGCGACGACAUAAACCCAAGGAGAAUCAGUCCAGUGUACUGUAAAAAGAUGUUAGAGACAAAUUUUCAGCAUUUGAAUGUGAACGUGUGCCGAGCUAAUAUGCUAACACACUAAAAGUUUUACGAUUAGUUGUCGGCGGGACAAGAGAAUGUGAAAGAGAAAAGGGAGAGUUCAAAAUUGAAUUUGAAAGAAUCAAGAUGUGAUAUUUAAGUGCAGGAAGGGAACAUGUUUACCAGUCGAGGGGUACAAACACGUUGCGAUCGUGGGAGUGAAUGUAAUAAGCAGUGAUUUCUUUCUAAAAUCUUUGGUUCCUUGGGCUUAACAUCUUCAAGCUAGCGUUGUAAUUCAAGUUCAGUCCUGGCUUUGUGGCUGUCCACUAGAGGUAGACCAUUUAUAUCGGUUUUACCGAUUAAUCGGUGCCGAUAGUUGCUUUUUGGAACUAUCGGUUAUUUUUUUCGAUAGUUAUUUCAUCAUUUAGUUUGAUAAAAUAAGAGUCCCCGGUGUGUUUCGGGCUUGUUUAUACUUAAAAGUCCCGCGUUAUGCACCAAAUCUUCUUUUUUCUGGUUAUUAUUGGGAUUUUUGUUGAACAAUAAACUUUUGAUGUUCUAUGAAUCGAUUUUAAAAACUAUCAGCUGAUUAAUCGGUUAUCGGCCUUUGCCACCACCUUAGUUAUCCACUUUCGGUCGACCUCUACUGUUCACAUCUGUCAUCACACCUUAGUGUCCAAAGCUCCCUGAUACUCGCUGUACUGUAUAUGUUUUAAAAUAUGUUUUGUAAGUAACCAGUUGAUACAUAGAAAUAAUGCUGUAGCAAUAAUUUUGCUGAUUUAAUCACAGAAUUGUUCCAUAAGUUUAGCACUGAGUGUGAUUUGGUUGUAUUCAGAAACUUUUAAUGUAAAAAACAAACAAAUAUUUUGUGUGCCUGAUGUUACUGGUGGUAAAUGCAUUGUCCUUUGGUCCUUUUUGCUAAUUCGUAUUACUCUUGCACAUACAAAAUUAAUGUCCACUCAUCGGUUAGGCUGUUGAAUGGCUUUGUCAAUGAAAGAAACGGCUGAACUCUUAUGGGUGGGCCAGAAGACGCAGACUAGCACCUGUAAACCACCUAAUAUAAAAGCCAAAUUCUGCUUGUUGCUGUAAAGUACCUCAGAAAAGUGUCUUGUAACUUCACCCUCCUAUUUAAGCUUAUUUAACCUAAGAUUGUUAUUUUAAUGAGAGUAUUUUCCUUUUCUGCACUAAAUCGAGUAAUGGCUCCAUGUGGCAGUACUUUGUAUACUUGUGUACCAUGUCGUUAUUACCAUUUAUAGCUUGGCUAUGAGAUAACUGUAAACAUAGAAUCGGGAAGUACAAAUGUUUGGAUGCUGCUAGAGGACCAGAUGUUGUUUUUUAUGGCCUUUUAAAGAUGUUUUUAUUUCUUUGUAAAUCUGUUUCAUGGAGGUGGGGAUAAAAAGCUUACCUUUGUAAAAUAAACUUUAGGAUGUCAAUAAAGUAAGACUUGUG